AUGAGUUUGGAGGCCACUUGUCUCUGCCGUCUGUCACAUAUGCACAUGCAGCGACGUCCAUCAGCCUCAGCAUCCUUACUCCUCUCCCCGGCGGGUACAGGAACGCAGAGAAAGCUCUUUAUCAUGAGGUCCUUCGUCCUCCUGCUCUUCACCCUGUUGUUGGUGUCCCAUGGAUCCUCAGCCGUCAUCACAGGGGCCUGUGAGAAGGACUCUCAGUGUGGAGGAGGGAUGUGUUGUGCUGUGAGUUUAUGGUUCAGCAGCCUGCGUAUGUGCACGCCCAUGGGACAGGAGGGAGAUGACUGUCACCCCAUGAGCCACAAGGUUCCUUUCUUUGGCAAAAGACUCCAUCACACUUGCCCCUGUCUGCCCAACCUGUCGUGCAUCACCUUUGAGAAGGGCAGGUCCAAGUGUCUCUCACCGUACAAGUAUCCAGACUACUACCUCUGA